CUGUUAUACCCUCGAUCACGACUUCCCUCCACGGCGGCAUUUCGGUUAUCGCAGUAACAUGGACGAAACAACCCGUAUCCCUAUCGUGACCAAGCCUGCUUCCAUGAUGGAGGUUGGCCCAAACGGCAAUAACCUUGCAAGCGUUGCCGCUAGCCGGCACCCUGUCGAUGAUUUGCAGCGAAAAUUGGAUGUCAAUCCAUUCCAGAACCUAGAAUACGUGCGCCAUGUGUAUGGAUCAGGUCUUGCCAUGCGAUUGGCAACCGAACAAAAGGUUGCGUUGGAGCAGGAACGGGGUGCGGCGGGGCUUCCUAGCUCAGGACUUUACCGUGAUAUCGUCACAGGCAACGAUGUCAAGUUAGACUUUGCGGAUUUCUUAUCCCUACCAGAGUACCGACCGGAUGUUGCCACAAUUAGCCCACACGCCACGAUGGAACGCAGGCUGGGAAUGUAG